CAACAAUCAGUGUUUCUCUCUCCUCUCCUUCUUUCUUCUCUUUAAAAAGCACUCACGCUAGCUGAUUUUUCCUCCCUUUUUCUCUUUGCUCAUCUCUCUUUCUUUCAAGAACUUGCUGAUUAUUCUGCUUUUGGAUCUUGUUGAUCAUCAAUGCAGAGAUGGGCUACAGCCCUGAUUUUUUUAAUAGCUUAUGAUGGAAAUUAACCAAAGCUUUUGUAGGAACUUUAGAAGAAUAUUUAAAAAACAAAGGAAAGAGAAGAUUGGGGCUUUUCUGGUUAUCUGUCAGUGUUGUGAAAUGGAGGCUAAUGAGAUUUAGCAGGGAUUGUAUGCUCCACAGAGUUGAUGAACUUUACUGCUUUUGGUUUCUUUUUAGCUUAUGAUGAAUUUGGGCUUUUGAGAGGAAAACCCCAGCUUUUGUUUUAUUCUUUUGAGGCUUAGAAAAAGUGAGAGUCUUUUUCCUGUGUCUUUGUAUGAACUACUGCUACUCAUGGAGUUAAUAGCAUAAUUAACCACUAGUUCAAGUAUACUUUGUUAGUGUAGUUUGCUUGCAUUUGAUUGAUCAGAGGGCACUCAUAAAUGCUGAGGAAUAGAUCAAGAGCAGUGAGCAGCAAACAAGCUUUCAUGGCUGAUCACACUUCCUUGCUUUCUCCCACCAAGAAUCCCUCCUCACCAAUUUCAUCCUUCUUAGGCUCUCCAAGAUUUUUCAAUGGUUUUUUGGCAAAAACCCUGUCUGAUGCAGAGACCAGCGUUAUGAGUCCGACCUCCAUUCUUGACACCAAGAACUCAUCCAGUUUUGUGAACCCAUUUGCCUAUGAAUCCCUCUUAUCCAAGCCUCCAACCCCAUCUCCUGAAACCAAUAACUCAACGAACAAACCAGAGCCACAAGCCAUGGGACUUGCCCUGAUUGACUCCAUCAUUCAGGAAAAUGAUGAUGGGAACUGUAGGAACUUGUCCAAACCAAUCAACAGAAUGGUUCUGUUUGGAUCAAAGCUUAAGGUUCAGAUUCCAGCCAUCAAUCCUCAAUCUUCACUUUCUCCGGCAGAAUCGCCGAAAUCGCCGGCUGAUUUCGGAAUCAAGACUAGGAAUUCUCAGCUGUUGAGCCCUUUAACUGGCAGCAGCCCGGCAAAGGAUUUCAGCAGGCAGCUGUCUCUGAAAGAAAUGGAGCUGUCUGAGGACUAUACUUGCGUGAUCUCUCAUGGGCCUAAUCCAAGAACCACUCACAUAUUCGAUGGCUGCAUUGUGGAGAGCUGCUGUGGCUAUGAUGCAAAGGAUUCUGACCACGACAAGAACAGGGAAUUUACUAGUUUUGAAACAGAUGUUUCAACCUCUCCAUCAGCAAAUUUCCUCAGUUUUUGUCACAACUGCAAAGAUAUUCUUGGACAAGGAAAAGACAUCUACAUGUACAGGGGUGAGAAAGCCUUUUGUAGCCAUGAAUGCCGCUGCCAAGAAAUCCUUUAUGAAGGAAUGAAGAAUCAAGAACUGGAGGAUGCUUUUUAGAACUUAGCAGAGGAAGUUUUGGCUCAAGACAUCAAGUUGUCUACACUGAAUGUGAAAAAUGAUUGAUGGUUGUUGGGUUUCUUUGGUCUCUUGCUGUUUCUGUUGAAGAAUCCCUCUCUAUUGCAUAUAUACACAUAACGAGAGGCACAAAAUUUGUUAUUAAAACAUGUGAUUUUUGUAUGAUUCAAGAAUUGCUCAAUUUGUUGUUCAUCAUCAAACUUGUGGUCGACGACGUUCUCGCGGCCAAUAGUUUAUCUCUAAGGCUAUAUUAGUGGGUUUUCUAUUGAAUUCAAUUACCCUAUUUCAACCGAAUA